AUGAUAGUAAAUGUGAUUAAAUUCAAAAUAUCAUAUCUAGUUAUUUUAAAACAUACAGAUAAUUUUUUAUCAUUAAAAGUAGAUUUAAAACAUGUUUUAAAACUCAUAAUUGUUAGAACUAAGAAUAUCAAAGUCUUAUCGAUACUUAUUAACCUGUUGGAAAAUGCAAAAAUUAUUAUAUAUAUCGAUAAUUCUAUACAAGGAGAAGAAAAUUUUAGUAGAGAAUCUUCUGAAGUUUCUUCCAAAAUGUAA